AUGGGUCAUCAACUACAUAUCUUCUUCCUGUUGAUUUUCAAUGAAGUAUCUGGAUGCUUCUGCAAUGAAGAACAUGGUGGAUUUAAAAUCCUCUCUUUUGCUUGGGAAGAAGUUGACAAACCCUUUAUGAUCACCGUCUGGCUUUUGGUUGCAGCUCUGGCUAAAAUUUUAUUUCACUUAUCAAAACCGAUCGCUACAUACUUACCUGAUUCGUCUCUACUUGUUGUCAUUGGACUGGUAAUUGGUGCUAUUUUGAAAGAAGCUAAUAUUGGGUUCAACUUGGAUAGUAAAAUUUUCUUUCUUUACCUUCUACCUCCUAUAAUUUUUGAUGCAGGUUAUUUCAUGCCUAACAGGGCUUUAUUCGAAAACAUGGAUUCAAUCCUUCUUUUCUCUGUUGUCGGAACCAUAUGGAACACAUUCGCUAUCGGGGGAACUCUGUACAUUCUGAAACAUUUUAGUAUUUUCACAAUGGGCUUUGAAAUUUUUGAGAUUUUUGUUUUCUCUGCCCUAAUAUCUGCAGUAGAUCCGGUCGCCGUCAUUGCCAUAUUCGAAGAGAUCAACGUAAAUGAAUUUCUAUUCAUAAAUGUGUUUGGAGAAGCUUUAUUCAAUGACGCAGUCACUUUGGUUCUUUAUCAAAUGUUCAAAGCGUUUUAUGAAGUCGGACCUGAUAAUCUUGGUUACUCUGAUUACUUCUCAGGGUUUAUAAGAUUCUUUGUUGUUGCUUUCGGAGGAAUUUUCAUCGGAGUCGUUUUCGCUUUAAUCACAGCUUUGAUCACUAAAUAUUCUCAUGUUGUCCGAAUCAUAGCACCAGUGUUCAUCUUCGUCGUUCCUUAUAUGGCAUAUUUAACAGCCGAAAUGCUUUCAUUUUCUGCUUUCAUAGCCAUUGCCGUCUGCGGAAUGACAAUGAAGCAAUACAUUAAAGGAAACCUUAGUCAAGCAGCAGUAAAUUCUGUAAAAUAUUUCACCAAAAUGCUUGCACAAUCAACAGAAACCGUCAUUUUCAUGUUCUUGGGCAUUUCUACUUUGAGUAGUCAGCACUACUUUGAUGUUUGGUUCAUUGUUUCAACACUCAUCCUCUGUCUUCUAUAUAGAACGAUAGGUGUUCUUGCGCAGUGCUGGUUUUUGAACAAAUUCCGUCACAAGAAAUUCAGUAAAGUUGACCAGUUUAUUCUUUCCUAUGGAGGUUUGCGUGGAGCGAUUGCUUUUGGAUUGGCGGUUUCCAUUCCUGAUAGUAUCGAAGCAAAGCCAAUGUUUGUAACAACAACAAUCAUUGUCAUUUUCUUCAAUGUUUUCCUUCAGGGUAUUACCAUAAGACCACUUGUCAACUAUUUGAAGGUUGAAAGGAAAGAAGAACAUUCACCUACAAUGACAGAAUGUGUUUACAACAAAUAUUUGGAUUAUAUAAUGUCAGGGCUUGAAGACAUUGCUGGCCAACAAGGUCAUUAUUCCUUCCGUGAUAAUUAUGAACGUUUCAAUUCAAAAAUUCUGAGACCUAUCCUCCUACGAAAUGAGACGAAGAAGGACUUCGAUGCUUCUUGCAUAGUUAGGGCUUACGCAAAAAUCACUCUGGAAGAUGCUCUGAAUUUGACAAAAUUACAACCAACACAUCGCCAAAUCGAUGCUGUGAAGAAAGCCGAUUCUCCAUUUCGCAGUAGGACGUUCACAAACGAUGCCUUCGAUAAACAAGGAGAAUCUCUAUCUGUACCAGGAAAAGAGCACCAAGUGCAAAAAAUAUUAGAAUCUGGAGAAAAUGUCGAAGCUUUAUACAGUUUGUUCAGUGAUUUAUUAGAUAGAAAGUUACAUGAGAUGAACACGUCAAGAGCUAAUGCAAGAGAUUUGGAUAAUGAUGAUAUCCGAGAUGACUAUAUGCAACAGAUCAGCAGUUCUCAUGGAUCUUUCACAAAUUUGAGAAACGAUUCGAUGCCUGAGUCCGAUUUCAUGAGAACAGGGCGGCGUCAAUCAACUGGAGGAAUGAACGAAAAAAGAAUUACAAAUAACGACUUAGCACCAAAUUAG